AUGGCGUCUCGAUUGGCCUUGUCCAGGCACUCUGCCGCCGCCCUGCGUUCCUUGACACGUCGUCCUGCCACGCCCGUUAUCGCCCGCGGAUAUGCGACCGCCGGUCUCGGCGAUAGCCUCAACCCGUCGGCGCCAACCCAGUCCAACGUCCCCAACCCCGAUCCCGCCGCCGACUCCCCCAGCGCCGCGCUCGUCGCCAAGCACGCGCCCUACAUGGUGGCCACGUACGCCCGGCCUCCGCCCGUCUUCGUCCGCGGCGCCGGCUCCUGGCUGUGGGACGCCGCCGACCGCAAGUACCUCGACCUCACCGCCGGCAUCGCCGUCACCGCGCUCGGCCACUGCGACCCAGAGUUCACCGCGAUCCUGACCGAGCAGGCGCGGACCCUCGUCCACGCCUCGAACCUCUACUACAACCCGUGGACCGGCGCGCUGUCCAAGCUGCUGGUGGACAAGACCAAGGAGUCGGGCGGGAUGCACGACGCGGCGCGCGUCUUCGUGUGCAACUCCGGCUCCGAGGCCAACGAGGCGGCGCUCAAGUUCGCGCGCAAGGUCGGCAAGGUGGUCGACCCGUCCGGUGGCAAGACCGAGGUCGUCUCCUUCGACGGCGCGUUCCACGGGCGCACCAUGGGCGCGCUCUCCGCCACGCACAACCCCAAGUACCAGCGGCCGUUCGCGCCCAUGGUCCCCGGUUUCCGCCAGGGCACCUACAACGACGUCGCCGGCCUGGACGCGCUCGUCACCGAGAACACGUGCGCCGUCAUCGUGGAGCCCAUCCAGGGCGAGGGCGGCGUGCGCACCGCCAGCGACGAGUUCCUGGUCGCCCUCGCCCGCCGCGCCCGGCAGGUCGGCGCCGUGCUCGUGCACGACGAGAUCCAGUGCGGCCUCGGCCGCACCGGCCACCUCUGGGCGCACGCCCACCUGCCCCCCGAAGCCCACCCGGACAUCCUCUCGACCGCCAAGGCGCUCGGCAACGGGUUCCCCGUCGGCGCCGUGCUCGUCAACGAGCGCGUCGCCGACAAGAUCGCCGUCGGCGACCACGGCACCACCUUUGGCGGCAACCCGCUCGCCUGCCGCCUCGCCCACCACAUGGUCACCAAGCUGGCCGACCCGGCGCUGCAGGCCGACGUCCGCGCCAAGUCGGAGCUAUUCCGCGCGGGUCUUGCGCGCAUCCGGGAGCGCUUCCCGGACCUCGUCAGAGAGGUCCGCGGAAGGGGGCUCAUCCUCGGGCUGCAGAUGACCGAGGACCCGGCCCCGGUUGUCGGGGCCGCGCGUGAGAGGGGCCUGCUGGUCAUCACCGCGGGAACUAACACGCUGCGCUUCGUGCCGAGCCUCAAGAUCUCCGAGGAGGAGAUUGGCGUCGGCCUGGGUAUCCUCGAGGAGGCUAUUGCCGCGACGAGGAACUAA